ACCCCACAACCAUUCUAAGUGAAGAAAAAGUGGUGGUGUUUCUUAUAUUUGUAAUUAAACAGCGUGUUGUUUCGUUGACCGAAGUCUUACAACAACUUUAGAUCAAAACGGCAAGCAGUUACUCUUCCCUGCGUCACUCGAUUUUCUGCUGCGAUCAGCUUCUUCGUCUAAUUCUCCUUCUCGAUCUCUCCACCUGAAUCCCUAAAACCCCAAUUCUGUAAUUGCAUUCAGCUCCCUCGUACCUGGAUCGGCUCCAAGGUAAUCAUCUGGAGUGUGAUCAUAUGAAAACCCACACGCGACGGUGUCUGCUGAGGUUUUUCCUCUUCCUGAUCUUAUCGAAUCCCUCCUAUGGGGAAAACAAGUUCAGAGAGCGUAAAGCCACCGAUGACGAGCAAGGCUACCCCGAAAUUGAUGAAGAUGCUUUGUUGAAUACUCAGUGCCCGAGGAAACUGGAGCUGCGAUGGCAAACUGAAGUCACUUCUAGUGUUUAUGCUACACCUUUGAUUGCUGAUAUCAACAGUGAUGGAAAGCUUGACAUUGUUGUUCCAUCUUUUGUUCACUACCUUGAAGUUCUUGAAGGUGCUGAUGGAGACAAGAUGCCAGGGUGGCCUGCUUUUCAUCAGUCAAACGUGCAUUCAAGUCCUCUUCUAUUUGAUAUCGACAAAGAUGGUGUUAGAGAAAUUGCUCUGGCGACCUACAAUGGCGAAGUGCUCUUUUUCAGGGUAUCAGGCUUUUUGAUGUCAGAUAAGCUAGAAGUGCCACGUAGAAAAGUUCACAAGAACUGGCAUGUGGGACUGAAUCCUGACCCUGUUGACCGUUCACAUCCUGAUGUCCAUGAUGAACAGCUUGUGCAUGAAGCUAUGGAGGUGAAGUCAUCGGCCACUCAAACGCAUGCAACUACCACAACACCAAAUGUUACAGUCUCGAUGCCCAAAGAAUUUCACGGCGAGGCUUCAAAUGUGACGUCACAAGAGGAUCAGAAGAAACCAGAAAAUAACCAAACAGAAGCAGUCGUAAAGCCUACUCAAGUGACGUCUCAAGAGGAUCAGAAGAAACCCGAGAACAACCAAACCGAAGCAGUCGUAAAGCCUACCCCAGUGACGUCUCAAGAGGAUCAGAAGAAACCCGAGAAUAACCAAACAGAAGCAGUUGUAAAGCCUACUCCAGAGCUACACAACUCCUCCAUGAAUGUUAGCUCGAACAAUUCGGCAACAAAUGAUACUACAGCUGGCUCAACCGAAAAAACCAGUGGAAAUGUAACCACCAAUGAGGUGGAUCAAAGCAAGAUUAGUGAAGCUAAGAAUGAAACUGUUAUUAAAUUAAAUACCAGUACGGAUAAUUCUUCAGAAACUUUGGUGACAUCUGGAAACAGUAGUACGACAGAGACAGGAACCAAAAGUGGGAGGCGACUUCUGGAAGAUGGUGGCUCGGACGGCCAUUCUGACAAUAAAGACAACAAUGAGGGUGUUCGCAUGGCCACAGUUGAAAACGAUGGAAUAUUAGAAGCUGACGCAGAUUCAUCGUUUGACUUGUUGCGUGAUACAGAGGAGUUAGGUGACGAAUACAGUUAUGAUUAUGACGAUUAUGUUAAUGAGACCAUGUGGGGUGAUGAGGAAUGGGUCGAGGGGCAGCACGAGAACUCAGAGGAUUAUGUGAACAUUGACGCCCAUAUACUGUGCACUCCUGUUAUUGCUGACAUAGACAAAGAUGGAAUACAGGAGAUGGUUGUUGCUGUUUCCUAUUUCUUCGACCCUGAGUAUUAUGACAAUCCAGAACAUCUGAAAGAGCUUGGUAGUAUUGACAUCAAAAACUAUAUUGCUAGUUCAAUUGUGGUUUUCAAUCUGGAGACAAAACAAGUUAAAUGGGUCAAAGAGCUAGAUUUGAGUACGGAUAACUCAAACUUCCGUGCAUAUAUGUAUUCUUCCCCAACGGUUGUUGAUUUGGAUGGCGAUGGUUACAUGGAUAUCCUUGUCGGAACUUCUUUUGGCUUAUUCUACGCCAUGGACCACCGUGGAAACAUCAGAGAAAAAUUCCCACUUGAAAUGGCUGAAAUACAAGGGGCAGUGGUUGCAGCUGAUAUAAAUGACGAUGGAAAGAUUGAACUUGUGACAACAGAUUCCCACGGAAAUGUAGCAGCAUGGACCACCCAAGGAGUGGAAAUUUGGGAAGUACAUCUAAAGAGUCUUGUUCCCCAGGGUCCUUCAAUAGGCGAUGUUGAUGGUGAUGGACAUACUGAUGUUGUGGUUCCUACGACAUCAGGAAACAUUUACGUUCUUAGUGGCAAGGAUGGUUCGAUUGUCCGUCCUUACCCGUACAGAACUCAUGGAAGAGUGAUGAACCAGCUUCUUCUUGUUGAUCUGAACAAGCGAGGUGAGAAAAAGAAGGGACUCACCAUUGUUACUACAUCCUUUGACGGUUACAUGUAUCUCAUAGAUGGACCCACCUCGUGCGCUGACGCUGUUGAUAUUGGUGAAACUUCAUACAGCAUGGUCUUGGCUGAUAAUGUUGACGGUGGAGAUGAUCUUGAUCUGAUCGUCUCAACUAUGAAUGGGAACGUCUUUUGCUUCUCAACGCCUUCUCCUCACCAUCCCCUCAAGGCUUGGAGAUCGACUGAUCAAGGGAUGAACAAUAAGGCCAUCCGUUAUGAUCGUGAAGGUGUUUUUGUCACGCAUUCAACCAGAGGUUUCCGCGAUGAGGAAGGCAAAAACUUCUGGGCUGAGAUUGAGAUUGUUGAUAACUACAGAUACCCAUCAGGUUCACAAGCACCCUACAACGUUACAACGACGCUGUUGGUACCAGGCAAUUACCAAGGAGACAGGAGGAUAAAGCAGAGCCAGAUCUAUAACAAACCAGGAAAAUACAGAAUAAAACUACCAACCGUUGGAGUCAGGACAACAGGCACAGUAAUGGUGGAGAUGGUGGACAAGAAUGGACUCCAUUUCUCAGACGAAUUCUCAUUAACUUUCCAUAUGUAUUAUUACAAGCUUCUGAAGUGGCUACUUGUCCUCCCGAUGCUGGGGAUGUUCGGUCUGCUCGUGAUACUACGACCUCAAGAAGCUGUCCCCCUCCCAUCCUUUUCCCGUAACAGAGACUAGUGAUGCUAAGUGCUUGAGCUCUAAGUAUCUCCCCUUGAAUAGCUCGUCUAAAGUAUUUUAGAUAUCGUUUUUUGUUUGUUGAAGAUGUUUAGAUAAUCUUUCUUUGAGUUUAUAAAGUUUAUGUAUUACUUUAUUCCUGUAACUUUUCGUCGGUUAAAAAAAAAAAACUGCUCAUGCAUUA